AUGACCACAGCAACGACAGCAAUGAUUAACUUGAAAUCAACAACAACAGCAUCGGAGAAUACCACCACUAUCCGAUCAUCAUCAUCAUCGUCUUUAUUAUCGGAUAAAACAACAAAAUUAAACAAUAGUUCUGUAUUAUUGGCAAAAUUGGAGCCAAUCAAUUGGAUUUGUUCGAUGAAUACCGUAUUGAAUGGAAGGCCAACAACCAUAUUGAUUAAAUAUCUAUUUGAUGAACAAGAAAAAUCCUAUGCUAUAUUAUUAUCGGAUUUUGCUCAAACAUAUUUUGAAUGUGCUACUGGCAUACAGAUUGAACAGAAUUAUCAAAAAUAUAAUAAAAUACGAUUAGAAUCAAAAGAAAUCAUCUAUCCAUCAUUACAAAAAUUAAUGAAUUCAAUGCCUGAUUCGAUAAAAAAUAUUGAAAAAAUACCUGUCGAUUGUCAUACGACAAGGAUUACACUUCGUUGUUCAAGACCUAUAACGACAACAUUUUGUCUGAAAUGGACAUUUCAUAUCAUUUCAACUGAAGAGGAUAUAUUCUUGAAACAUUUAUCAAUGCCAAUGUUUCGUGGUCUGAUGUAUUAUUAUAAUCUUAGUCACCAACAGCCGAAUCAACAACAACAACAACAACAACAAGCUAUUGAAAUAGAUAAUGAUGAUGUUAUAAUGAUCCAGGAAUCGAUUAAUAAUGGUGAUGAUAUUCAUAAUCAUCAACAACAAACGGGAGCCACCACAUCGAAUAUAUUAUCAACUAGCAAAACAACAAAAAUCAUUCCAAUACAAUCGGAUCGUCCAUUCGAUUGUAUUGAUGAUAAUCUUUUGAAUGAAAUUUUUCGAUAUGAUUAAUUUAUUAAUUGAUUUUUUUUUGUUUGCAAAAU